UGCAGCAGCAGCAGCAGCAGCAAGUAGCUGCCUUGCAGCAGCAGCAACAACAGCAAGGAAUUCAGGGUCAGGGGGCUCCAAACAUGGCCAACAUGAAUCCACAGUUCAGAGAUCUGGUCAUGAGAAGGCAACAGCAACUACAGUUUCAGCAGCAGCAGCAACAACAGCAGCAGCAGCAACAAAUGAGUAAUCACGCAGCAUUCCAACAGCAGCAAGGUUACGUGGGUCAGCAGGGUAACAUGCAAGUCCCGCCAGGAGGUCAACCACUACAAGGUGUGCAACCUGGCCAGCAGCAGAGUUUUCCAGGCAACCCUGCGCAACAGCAAGCUGCAGCUGUCCUGCAACAGAGGCUUGCACAGCAACACCAUCUAAAGAUGCAACAGCAGCAGAAUGCAGCAUCACAAGGUCCCGACGUGGGGCACGGAGGAGGUCCGCAGCCCACACAAGGAGGUCCCAGUCUUCAGACAUCACAGGCAUUAUUGCAACAGGCUUUGCAUCAGCGUCUGCUUCAACAGCAGCAACAUCUCAGUGGCACCUCGCCGGCACAGCAGAACAACCCCAUGAGCCCGCAUCAGAUGUCUCAGUCACCCCACUUGCAGGGCCAACAGCUCCCAUCCUCCCUCAGCAACCAGGUCUGUUCCCCUCAGCCCUCCCCACGACCCCAGUCCCAGCCACCUCACUCAAGUCCGUCCCCGCGCCUGCAACCACAGCCCUCGCCCCACCACAUCUCACCUCAGACCCAAAUGGGUUCUCCGCAUCCCAGCCACCUUCAGCAGCAUCACUCAGGCAUGGCUCCACCUCCUCCACCUCCCCAACAGCCGCAGCACAACUCUAAGGACCCAAGUGGAUUUGGUGCAGAUCAGAACGCCAUGCUAUCUCAGCUCAGUGGCUUGGCAGGACUCCACGGACCUGGAGCUAAUGAUAUGCCACCCCCUAGUGGCCAGGACCUUGGCAUUAACAUGAAUAACCCUUUAGACAUCAUAUAGUUAUCACGAAUUUCACAAAACCCCACCAGAGACAGUGUUAGCUUUUUUUUUUUUGAACCACAAGGAUGAAUUUAGUGUUUUUCAUCAUAAAUGCUUUGAAAAUGGACCCGCCUAGAGAGAUAGCAAAUAAGUAUAGGGGGGUGUUUUCUUUUUUUCUUUUGCCAGUUGUGUACAAAGAGAGGAUUGUUUCUCAGCCUCAGAGAACAAACCACAAGUAAUAUUUUCUAUGUCAGGUCCAGGGGAGAACUUUUCCUUUUUCAAGAGAUAUUUUUUAAGAUUUUAAAAGUGGUAUAAAAUUAAAGCGCAAAUGAUUAAGGACUUUUUUUUAUAUAUUGUUUCACCAUGUACCAGUCUCUGUUAUGUGAUUUACGGAGUCAUAUGGAACAUUUCAAACAUUGUGAUGCCUAUAUUAUUAUAAUUAUCUGAACAUCAUGCAUACCUUCCUUGUAAAUUUUGAGUUUUGCAUUUUAUUUAUUCUAGCUUUUUUAUUUUGUUGUCAUGAUGGGUUUUGUUCAUGUGUGUUCCCAGAGACUGCUACAGUUCACAUAGAAUAUAUUUUUGUUAAUACCUAUUAAAAUGAGGAGCUAUUCCUUUACUUAAGCUGAAGAUUUAGGUUAUUGAGUAUAAUAUAAAUUACAGUGUUGGGGGAUCGGGUUUGGUGAGCGCGCCGCUGCCCAAUGGAUCUUAUUUCAUGCCAUAUUGGAAAUUCCAUUGGACAUCACUUCUUUUGCAACAGGACAAGUUCGUAGAUGCACACACCCACCCUCAGAAUGUGUAUGCACUCCUUAUAAGAUGGUUAGUGGAGAUGUCUGUACUGGUUGGAUGAAAGUUUUGUGUGUGUGUAUAUGUAUGUGUGUGUGUGUAUUGGAUGUGGUGCUGGAGUUCAUCAGCUCAUGUGCUCAAAAUCAUGUUGAGCAGCGUUUCACAUAUGAACUGUAUGGCGCAGUGAAACGAUGGAGGAGAGGAGAGCCACUGAUUUCACAGUUUUUCGUCCUUCUUCAGUACCACUUUCCUCCAGUUCCAGAAUCUUCUUUGCUCUGAACUUUGGGAGU